GAAGCCAAUGGAGAGGCGACUCAGGCAGGACUCGGAAGCCAGGAGGCCGAGCGGCCGGCCCCAGGGCAGGGGCGAGGAGCUCGGCUUCUCCUCUUCGUCCUCCUCCUCGGACGGCGGCUGCGAAACCCGGCGCCUGGGAGCCAAGGGCCGGCGGCACUCGCGCUCCUGGGCCGACGUGCGGAGCCUGGGCGAGGCCGAGGCCGAGACCGGGACCGGGUCCUCCGCUCCGGAGGAGGAGGAGGAGGGCACGCCCGCCGCCCGCCAUGGGGCGCGCCCUGGCUCCGAGCAGCUCAGGAAGGCCAAGUCGAUGGAGGUGGUGUCGGUGAGGUGGGGCCCGGUGAGGGGAGGCCUCGGCCCUCAGGCGGCAGGGCUGACGGAGGCGAGGGAGCGGAUGGUGCGGCAGAAGGUGAAGUUUUCCCACUUCCUGGACGAGAUAACCACCCAGGUGUUGAGCCCGGCCACGCUCAGCGCCCUCAACCAGCGGCCGGCGCCGGCGGACAAGCCGCAGGGCCGGCGGCAGCCGGCGGACGAGGCCUGCGCCGGGAGGCCGAGGACCGGGGCGUCGGAGCCCGGAGCCGGGCAGGACAGGGAUCCGGGCCGGCGGGGGGAGCAGCCCGAGCCCAACCGAUGCCACCGACAUCGGGUCCCGCCAGCCCCGGGAGCGAGGGGCCCCGGGCCGCUCACCGACUCCGACUCCGACUCCAGCUCCGAGGCCUCGCUCAUGCUGGAGGGAGAAGCGUCACCACGCUCUGACGGCCAGCACCCGUUCCAGGAGCUGCUGACAGACCCUAUGAAACUACAGGUCCUACAAGAAGAGAACAAGGACAGGGACAGACUCCACUGUCUGACCUGUGCCACGAGUCAGAUGGAAGAGAAGGACUCGGAAUUCCAGUCUGGUCACGAAUACCAGGACUCUGAGCUGUGUCGAGCCCGGGUGGAACAUGGUGACCUCAGGGAGCUGUUCUCCAGGUUGCAGCAUCACCUGUCCCGUGCACAGCAGGCCAACAGGACCAUGGAGCAGAAACUCGAGCAGAUCGUCUCAGAUAUGGAGGAGGAGAGGACGAGUUUCAACAGGAGGAUCAGUGAUCUCACCCACAGACUGUCCAGCGCGGAGAAGACCAUCGGGGGGCUGCAGAGAGUAACCGAGCGGGUGCUGAGGCCUCAGCUCUGCUGCGGUGAGGCCAGCCCACAGCCCACAGCCUUUCUGGACAUCGAUAACUCCAACCGGUUGGCAGCUGAGUGGGAGGCCGUAGGCCCUGGGAAUCUUGGCCCCGCAGCCCCGGAAAUCUGGGCCAACCACCAACAACAGGAGGAGGAAGCGGAGGAGGAGGGGUCGUUGGUGUCUGAGGCCCCACGGCCUGGCUGGGGCCUGUACGCCGAGGCCCCUGACUGGCUGUCUGCCGCCCAGGAGCAUGGCCCGAGUGUGCCUGGCAGCCUGAAGCUGACUCCCGACGACCCGUUCGGGCCCCUGGUUCCUGAGGGAGAGCCGACGGUGGCAGGCGGCAAAGGCCGGUGGGAGGCCGCCAGUGACGGGCGGCAGCGAUGUCCCAGUCCGCGGCUGUGGGCAUCAGUACGCGAUCCAUGGCUGAGGCCUGAGGCUGCUGUUGGCUGUUGGGCCCAAGGCAGGGGUAGGCCCGAACCUGGCCUCCCCUCACUGCCGGGAGACCGCGCCACAGCCUGGCAGACUGGGACGGCGGGCCGGGCCAUGUGUCGGGCCCAGCAAUGGGUAGGUGAACAGCCGGCGGACGUGCAGGGGCAAGGGUGGCAGGGCCGCGGAUGGUCCGGAGCAGAUGGGGUGGUGACGGCCGCCACCGCCCAGCGCCCUGGCCGGGACUGGCUGCCACCUCUGCCCCAGGAUCGCGACCGGAGGGAGUCCAAGCCUCCCAAGGCCCAGUGCCGGGGAAGGCUGGAGUAAAGGCGGCCCCUCUUCUUCACCCUGAAACCUCCCGAACUUUCAAACCGUCCCUCCUCCCGUCCCCAGGAACUGCUUCCCUGUCUCCAGCCACACAGGGAGGAAAGUCACCCAAUUCCCCUUCAACUCUCAGAGAGGUACAUCACGUUUAGAGACCCAUCGGCCCAUUCAGUCCAUGCUGACCCUCACUCACACAUUUAAACUGAUCCCGCAUUCCCACCAACGCAUGAAGACAAUUAACCCCACAGUCCCACACACCGUUGUGGUGGCAGGGUACUGGAGCUCCUGGGCAGGGGGAGGAGGGGGUUGUCCCACACAGUCACGGGGAGAACAUGUAAACUUUACACAGACAGCGGCGGAGUUGGAAUCGAACCACUCUCCACGGGAUUCACAGGACACAGAGGGGGAAG